UUCCUGCAGCACGAGUGGGGCCGCUUCGAGGCCGAGCGAGCCGAAUGGGAGGCCGAGCGGGCAGAGCUGCAGGCCCAAAUUGCCUUCCUUCAAGGAGAAAGGAAAGGACAAGAGAACUUGAAGAAGGAUCUAGUGCGGAGAAUAAAAAUGCUGGAAUAUGCUCUUAAACAAGAAAGAGCUAAAUACCACAAGUUAAAAUAUGGCACAGAGCUGAAUCAGGGAGACAUGAAACCGCCAAACUAUGAUUCUGAUGAAGGGAACGAAACUGAGGUUCAGUCACAGCCAAAUAGUCAGCUAAUAUGGAAGCAAGGACGGCAGUUACUGAGACAAUACCUUCAAGAGGUGGGAUACACGGACACAAUAUUGGAUGUGAAGUCAAAACGGGUACGGACUUUGUUGGGUCUUUCAGGUGGUGGUCCUGAGAGGGAAAAUGAUAAAAAUCAAGAAUCAAUGGUGAAUGGCACAGAUGCUGAAGUUAAAGAAAAAGUAAUGAUUGGGAAACCAGAUCUGACAGAUUCUGCCUCUCUGCUGGAGACAUUCAAAUUCCUUGAAAAUGCCGCAGCAGAAUUUAGUGAUGAAGAUGAAGAUGAUUAUAUUGAUGGAAGAGAGAGAACAAUCAUGGACACUUCAACGAUUGUAAGGAAAAGAGUGGUGUCUGAUAACAGUGAAGACAAAGAUACUGAAGAAGCACUGAAGGAGUUUGAUUUCUUGGCUACAUCAGAUGAAGGGGAUGGAGAAUCCAGAAGUUCAGGAGAUGGUACAGACUGGGAAAAGGAAGACCAGUGUCCCAUGCCCGAAGCCUGGAAUGUGGACCAGGGAGUAAUAACCAAACUGAAGGAACAAUACAAAAAGGAGCGCAAGGGAAAAAAGGGGGUGAAGAGAAAAACUACCGAAGAUAUGUUUCAACCUCAGUCCUAUAUAAAACAAUCAAAACAGGGAUGUGGGAAAAUGAUGGAGCAAAAUGCAGGGCCCAAUAGGUCAAAACUACAAGACAUGCUUGCUAAUUUGAGAGAUGUUGAUGAUCUGCCUGCGUUACAGCCAUCUGUUGUGCCACCCACCAGACCCAGUACUUCACGGCUUAUUGAACAAGAGAUAAACAGAACAGAUGAGGUCGAAGCUUUAACAUUCCCUCCUUCAUCUGGAAAAUCUUUCAUAAUGGGAGCAGAUGAGGCCCUUGAAAAUGAACUCGGUCUUGGAGAAUUGGCAGGACUUACAGUAGCCAAUGAGGCAGAUUCAUUGACUUACGAUAUAGCAAACAAUAAAGAUGCCUUGAGGAAGACUUGGAAUCCUAAAUUUACUUUAAGAAGCCAUUUUGAUGGAAUAAGAGGUCUGGCGUUCCAUCCAGUUGAACCAGUGUUAAUUACAGCCUCAGAAGACCAUACAUUAAAAAUGUGGAAUUUACAAAAAACAUCUCCAGCAAAAAAGAGUGCCUCUCUUGAUGUUGAGCCUAUCUAUACUUUCAGGGCACAUAACAGUCCUGUGCUUUGUGUAGUCAUGAGUAAUAGUGGUGAACAGUGUUACAGUGGGGGAACUGAUGGUCUCAUUCAAGGUUGGAAUACCACAAAUCCAAAUAUUGACCCGUAUGAUUCCUAUGACCCUUCUGUCUUAAGAGGCACCUUUGUAGGCCACACAGAUGCAGUGUGGGGGUUAGUUUACAGUGGAGUACACCAGCGCUUGCUCUCUUGUUCAGCAGAUGGCACUAUACGUUUAUGGAAAGCUUUAGAGAUCUCUCCAGCACUGAAUAUAUUUAAUGAUAAUCAAGAAAUGGGGAUUCCAUCUUCUGUAGACCUUGUGAGCAGUGACCCAAGCCACAUGGUAGCAUCAUUUAAUAGUGGACAUACAAGCAUUUUUAAUAUGGAAACAAGACAACACAUUCUUACCUUGGAAUCUAACAUAGACACUGGUAGUUCUUGCCAAAUAAACAAAGUAAUCAGCCAUCCAACUCUUCCAAUCAGCAUUACAGCCCAUGAGGACAGACACAUCAAAUUUUAUGACAAUAAUACAGGAAAAUUGAUUCAUUCCAUGGUAGCCCACUUAGAUGCAGUCACAAGUUUAGCUGUUGACCCAAAUGGCUUGUACUUGAUGUCAGGCAGUCACGACUGUUCAAUACGGUUAUGGAAUCUUGAAAGCAAGACCUGCAUUCAAGAGUUCACAGCUCAUCGCAAAAAACAUGACGAAUCCAUCCAUGAUGUGGCAUUCCACCCCUCCAAAUGUUACAUUGCCAGUGCAGGAGCAGAUGCACUUGCUAAGGUCUUUGUAUGAUGCAAUACUUUGCUUCUCUUCUAGCUGCCAUGUACAUAUGACAAGCUGUAGAAAAGACAAGGGCAUGGAUCUUCUUUUCAUGCCCUCUAAUUCAGUGAAUGUUAGUACUUGUUUAGGAUUUUUUUCCUGGCAGGAUGCUUUUUUCUAAAUUAAAAGAUUCUCUGAGUUGUAAGUGCUCAGCUAAUGCUGAGAGCUAAGAAAUACUCUGCUUUAAAUGGGACAUAGAAGAACCAUUUUUAUUUUUGAAAUAUUUGUCCAGGCUGGCUUUGGGCAAAAUGGGAUCCUCUGCAAACAAUGUGGUGAAGCAGAAUAAUCAACAAAGAAGCCAAUAGCUCAGUGUCUGUAGAAUGUAGAUAAAUACUAGACAUGGGAUAUUUGUAUUCAUCUCUCUGAGAAUAUGAAUUUGAAUGUUGACACCACAAGUGCACAGGAUGUCCAGUCUCCCCCCCCAAACCGGCAGGUCCAGUUAUUGGUCACUGUGUGGCCAGCGUUGUUCCAGUUGUGCCAAUCACAGAAGAAGCCCAGCCAGUGCUUCGUUGCCUCUCCACACAGUUUACCACUUCGGUGAGGAGGCAGGAUGAUAAGUCUCCCCAGGGAAGCACCAGCCAAGCUGCUUCCGUGAUUGGCGCAACAGAAUGAUACUGGCCACCCGUUCGGUGACCAGUUAUUGGACCUGCAAGUUCGGGGUGGGGGGAGGGACUGGAUGUCACAGGCACCUGUGGUGCUGAUGUUUAUAUUCGUAUCCCAAGGAUACAAAUAUCCCAUGUCUAGUAGAUAUUGAUUUAUCAACCUAUUUCUUGAAUAAUUUUAUAUACAUAAUUUCAGUAGAAUAACUUCAGAAUUUGGUGAUUCAUGAAACAUGGAAUCAUAGGAUAAACAGCAUUUUGUCUUCUUCUUCUUCUUCUUUUUUUUUGUUACCAAACAGUUGGAUAAAUGUACAGAACAUAAUGUUUGCAGCUUGCUGGCUGUUUUAUUAGGUGGAUUGGGUUUAAAAUGUCAAAUAUUUAGAGAUACUAAUGCAUUAAUUCCAUAAAUAAAUUAUAUUGAAACCUAAUAAAUAUAAUGCGUAAAAAUGUAUGUUUUAUUUGAAAGUAUUGUUAGCAAGUGGCUGGAACCACAUUAUGUCUUCAAUUCAGCUUCACAUUUUGUGGUGGAUAUCCAUUUGAGAUGAAAAGGAGACUUUGAAAGCUGGUAAUUCUUUUGUUCCUAAAUAGCAGGAUACAUUAGGUGAUGUAUCUCUCACCUUUUCAACAAAACAAGAAGGAAGAUCUAGAUAACCUUUAGUGGAUCUCACUGUUGAAAGCACCUUAAAAGAAUCCUAGCAGCAUUUUCACUGUGAUUUAAGUAAACCCCAAUUAAGAUAUAAACUUUGUCUCCCCAGCUUAUCCGAUUUUUCCUCUGUCACACAUAGACCACAAGAACUGCUUCCUUAUGGUUCGCAAUCAUACUACUUGAAAAUAUGAAUUAGUGGGAGACAGAACAUUAAUGCAUAAAAAAACUGGGUGAGACUGUUGCAACAUUAUCCUCACUCUCUUAGUGUAGUGGUGAUUGACUGUGAACUUGUACACAGCUGGCAUAUCUGAUCACUUAUUUGAAAAUAUUUACAGCAAUAGAAAGCACCUUCCAUGCUGCUUGUAUUGUGUAAAGGAGUUCAGUAGCUGACCAUCAAAUAACCAAAAUGUUUGCAGAAUAUUUGAAAAAUUUCUUAUCUUUUAAGUAUAGUACAUCCUUUUAUUCUCCCCAAACAUUUAUCAUUAACAUUGUGAAAGAUUAUACCAGACCUAGGUGAAAGUGAUCUGCUUAGGUUACUACAGAUUUGCAAGAGAAACCAGUGCACUGUUAGUACUGCAGACAGUUAUCUUUAAGUUUGAAGAUGUUGAGUUCUACCUGUUUUAGAUUUCUAAAGGGCAGUUAUGAUGAGGGGCCAAAACAAAAGUGAGUCCUGUAGUAUCAUAAAGACUAAAACAUUUACUGUAGCAUAAGAUUCUAUGGAUUAUAGCCCUGUAAUCUAAUGUUUCUGAUGCAGUGGUUGGAAUCCUGUUGCUGUAACUCUGCCCAUAUAAGGCUGAUGGCAUUGAGAUGAGGGAAGCCUUUAAUGUCCAAAAAUUGCUGCCACUGGCCCUGCCAUUAAGACCAGGACUGGUAGUGAUGGUUUUUGGACAUCACAAGGCCCCCAAAGCUUUCCCUAUGUCAAAAGGAAUCCCUAGGGUGCCCUAGAACCUGGUGGAUGAGAAAUUUUUAAUUAAGGAUAAAAACCAACAGCUGAUGACAUCAUCAACCUUACAUAACAUGGAGCUGUGCCAACAGGAUACCAGCCAAUAAAUUUGUUAGUCUUUAGUCACAGGACACAUUGCUGCUUUUGUAGAUAUUUCUUUUCUUGUAGAUAUAGAUGUUCAAUGUAUUUCCCUUAAAUGCUAAUAGACUCUUAGUCUAAAGAAAGUAGUAAUUCAAAAGAUCUUAUUUUCUUUAUAUACUUGCUUUUGAAUCACAGCAGGAAGUCCAACUGCAAUAGAACACAUUUAUCUAUAUGCGACUUCUGUGUAUGUGCCCUAUUCUCUUGGUGUCCUUUUUUUCUUUUAAGAAAAGGAUAUUAUAAAAGGGUUUUUUUGUGGAAAAACAAAUGCAUUGUGUAUAUUAUGUGUGUGUACAUAUAUAUAUAUAGAUACAUAUAUAUAUAUAGAUAUAUAUAUAUAAAGAGGUUGUAAACAGUAUGUAUUAAGGGAAAAUUCUAUAUGGAUAUUUUAAUGUUUUAGUAUUAAAAGUUCUUCUGACUUUGUUGAAUACAAAGGAUAAAAGGUAUGAAUAUUGUGCUUUUUGCUUAAGCAAUAUAAUAUACAUAGUUGCUGAUGUUUAAAUUGUUGUACAUAAAACUAAUAGGCCAGCAUGUUUGUUUCUAAGAAUCCCAUUUGAUUAAAUAAUGAAUGUAAGGAAAAAAGUUGCUGUUCAGGUAUGGAUUGGAAGUUGCUCCAUCCUGCUUAAUGAAUUCUUGAUCCAAGUGAAGUAACUUUCAAAAUAGACAAAUAGCUAAAAGGCUAAGGUGCCUUUUGACAAACAAAAUGUAGCCUUAUUAGGUUGUAGGCUCUGUAUUUGUGCUCUUCUCCAGAUCUGUAUUUGUGUCUGUCAGUCUUCUGCUUGCAAAUGAUAGACUGCAUUGUACUGUGCACAAGUAUUAAAAAUAUUUGAGAUGUUGUCUUUAGUUAGAUAUCAAAAGAUUUUAGUUUUGACUGAGUGGCACUUCUUUUGUGCAUUUUAUAACCAUUCAGGUGAGAUUAUUAACCUUCUGCCCACAUCUUCUCUUUCCUUUUUGCUACUUUUCUUCAUGUCUUUUGACAGCAGCUGAUCAAGCAUACUGCCUUCAUAGGUGCCUGGUGGCAGCAGUGUUAGUGGCAUUGGUAGCAGCAGCCAGAGAAGAAAUAGAUAGAUAUUAUUUGCUGAAAGGGCCCCUUGGAGCUACUUGCUCCCAGCUGCUGUCCCUAGUGAGAAAGCAACAGAUCCAUCCAGCUAGGGCCUCACCUUUGGGCACCGCAGGAAACCACACACACACACAAAAUCUCCCAACACUCCAAACGUAGUUCCAAGAGAACCCCCCACCCAAUGGUAUUGGCAUCGAUCCAACUCCAAAGGCAGAUGUGACAUUUGCCUCUCCAGAAGCUUGGAUUCAGAUUUGGAUAAUGAAACUUCCAACAGCACUCUGUUAGGGAAAAACAGACC